CAUUAUGCUGUCAGCAGAAGUAUGGGAAAAUGCAAACGAACAGGUAACGAGGGAAGUAGGACAUAGAUCGAGUUCAGAACGGCCGGAACUUUGAAGAUAAAAGGAAGUCACUGAAGCCAUGGGCAAGAGGACAUUGAUCGGGCUUCUGAAAACAGGGUGCUGAGAUCAUGGACACCACUGUCCUCACAACGGAGACCAAGGGGCUACACCAUUCCGCGUCCCAUUUUGCGAGAGGAGCUGACUCACAGCGACCGAAGGAGAAUGGAAUCGCAGUGCACUACGACGGCCAACUCCGGCAUUCGAUCGUGUGGAGGAACGUCGUCAUAUUCCUCUACGUGCAUCUGGCGGCGCUGUACGGAAUUUACGUGGGAAUUUUCCAAAUGAAAGCCCUCACAGCCAUAUGGGUUUUGGGGUACGGAGGGUUGGGCGCGCUGGGGAUCACAGCCGGGGCGCACAGGCUGUGGGCUCAUCGCUCCUACAAAGCCCGGUGGCAACUGAGGGUCAUCCUCGGAAUAUUCCAGACCAUCGCCUUUCAGAACCACAUCUACGAAUGGGCGAGAGACCACAGGGUUCAUCACAAGUUCUCGGAAACCGACGCCGACCCCCACAACGCGAAGAGAGGCUUCUUCUUCUCACACGUUGGCUGGCUCCUCGUAAGAAAACACCCUGACGUCAAGCGUAAAGGCAAACUCGUAGACAUGAGUGACCUUGAAAACGACUUCGUGGUUGUAUUCCAACGCAGAUACUACUUAAUUCUGAUGCCACUUAUGACAUUCAUAAUCCCGACGCUGGUGCCUGUGUAUUUGUGGGACGAAGACUUCUGGACGGCGUGGUACUGCACCAUGUUUCGAUGGGUGGCGUCUCUUAACUUCACCUGGCUCGUCAACAGCGCGGCGCACAUGUGGGGCAACAAGCCGUUUGACGAGAGCAUCAGCGCCGUGGAGAACCUGUCUGUGGCAAGCAUCGGGUACGGCGAGGGCUGGCAUAACUACCACCACGUCUUCCCAUGGGACUACAAAGCAGCCGAGCUCGGGACCUACAGAGCAAACCUGACCACCGGCUUAAUCGACUUCUUCUCUCGCAUCGGUUGGGCUUACGAUCUGAAGACCGUGUCCGUCGACAUGAUCAGGCGACGCGCGGCCAGGACUGGAGACGGCAGCCGCCACGCCGACGCGCCCCUGGAGGAGCUGCACGAGACGGACAACGGCAUCUGGGGCUGGGGGGACAAGGACAUGUCCAUCGAGGACAUAAAGGAGGUGCAAAUAUACAACAGAUGCGACUGACAAGCACCUCUCGCAGUGGAGUAAUCAAAUGGAGCUGGAUUACACUUUUUAAAGAAUGGCUGGCGUUCAGUAGAUUCACGCAAGAUGGACAUAAAACUACUAGCGAUCGGGUUUAAUCACGGUCUUGGGAGAAUGCUUUUAUUGUUCCAAAACUACGUGACACUGAAAG